CAGGCACCAAGAGACGACGAACAUGGACGAUAGAUCAUUGCCACGAUUGCCGAUCGAACUCAUCGAGGCCAUUGUGGAUCGAAGCGACGCGGCAUCCCAGCGAAGCUUCGCGCUGACGUGCAAACUUCUGCUGCAUCGAGCGAGACUUAACAUCUCAUUCCCUAUACGAGAGCUAACUCCCCAACUACAAACACUGGAAAUCGAGAACGCCACGGGAUUGGGCAUCAAGCGCCUAAAGCUCGACUACGUCCCGUUCGACUCCCUUGUAUCAUGGCAUUACGCGCUAUCCGCCAUACCACUUCUGAAUGACCUCAGCGUGGUCGACAUUGAGUUUAUGCCAGAUGCCGAUCAUACACUACCUCCAGAUGCAAGACAUCUUCACCUGCAAGCUUUGGAGAUGUCUUAUAUCAACGAACUCGAUCUAAUGAGUGGAUGGGUACAGGCCGUGGUUCCAAUCGACUCUCUUCGACAUCUCUCACUAUCACUCAGCUAUCCGGAAGACGCGGAUAUCGCCAGCACCCUAUUCGAGCACUUCGGCCCAUCGCUUCGGAGUAUCGAGCUCGUGCUCGACCGGAUGCAAGCAGGUAAGUAUUGACGCCCGCUUCACGUUCGCCAUACCGUUAAUGGAGUGUCAGACGAUUUCAAUAGCGUCACUCGGCGGCUAAAUCUGCGAUCUUGCGCCAUCCUCCAAUCGUUGACCAUUCAGACCAUCUCUCUUCGAGAACUCGCCCUCCAUAUCACGGACCACCCUUUCGACGUUCAAUUACAAGACACGUUCCCC